CCCUGUUUUACUUAGUGGAGAGUGGAAAUGUAUGCCUAGCUGGAAAUGCCUGGGGGAUUUUUACAUCAGACGAAAUGACAAUGAUUAAAAUCUGUUUUUUUCCUGCUCUAAAUAUAUUGAGCGACGUGACACUUGCUUGAUAUUGAAUAGCACUUAACCGUUUACCCCCCGCAAACCAGAACGUUAAACCGUUACGGGGGCUGAUAUAUCUAUAUUUUUUUACCGGAAAAUACGAAAAAUCUGACAUCAAUUAUUAUAUCCGGUCAUAUACAUCAUUUUUGUAACAGGGAGAGAGUAUCACUUAUUCGUUUUUAAAAUCUGACUGGGUGCGGGUAGAGCUAAUUGUAGCCUAAUCCUUGCCCCAGAGGCGUUUGGGCAGCCGGGAGCAAGAAUUCUUUUUUAGCGCUGCUCUGUUAUUUAGAGACAGGAUUAUUGUCUUUCUUCUCAUAACAGACCGGUAGUAUCAUUUAAGAAAAAAGGGCACUCAAGAAGCUAAAAUACGAAGCAGGAUUUGACCGACUCAAAUUUGAACUGUAUACAAAUAAGAACCGAAAAGGGAAAGGAGAGAUCUCUUCUAUGUAUAAGGAAGGAAGAAGCAUGUCACGACUGUCUUUGACCCGGUCCCCGGUAUCUCCUAUGUCCACACAAGGAAUCCCUCUACCGGCUCAACUGACAAAGUCGAAUGCUCCGGUUCACAUUGACGUCGGGGGACACAUGUAUACUAGUAGCCUGGCUACUCUCACCAAAUACCCAGACUCAAGAAUCAGCCGUCUGUUUAAUGGCACAGAGCCCAUCGUGCUGGACAGCUUGAAGCAGCACUACUUCAUCGACAGGGAUGGAGAAAUAUUCCGUUACAUUCUCAGCUUCCUCAGGACCUGCAAACUGCUUCUCCCAGAUGACUUCAAGGAGUUCCACCUGCUGUACGAGGAGGCUCGGUACUACCAGCUGUCCCCCAUGAUUAAGGAGCUGGAACGUUGGAAGCAGGAGAGGGAGCAGCGCAGGACGGCCCAGCCCUGUGACUGCCUGGUGGUGCGGGUGACGCCUGACCUAGGUGAGAGGAUCGCCCUUAGUGGGGAGAAGGUGCUUAUCGAGGAGAUCUUCCCCGAGACUGGAGACGUCAUGUGCAACUCGGUGAAUGCCGGCUGGAACCAGGACCCCACGCACGUCAUCCGCUUCCCCCUCAACGGCUACUGCAGGCUCAACUCUGUCCAGGUUCUAGAGCGUCUGUUCCAGAAGGGUUUCAGCGUGGCAGCGUCCUGCGGCGGCGGGGUGGACUCCUCCCAGUUCAGCGAGUACGUGCUGUGCCGUGAGGACCGGCGGAGUAUGUCCAUGAACACCCCCAUCAGGAUAAAACAGGAGCCCCUGGACUAGAGAGACUUUAGGAGAGGAGAGGGACUAGCCACGAGGGGCUCCUCACCCCCCUACUGGACAGAACAGAACAAACCCAAACCCCUAAUAUCCCUCCACCUCACACCACAAAAACCAACCCAGCAAGAAACACCUAAGUAUUAGCAGACGCCUGAUAACGUUGCCAGCUCUGAGGAACUCAGUGCUCUAAGGGGAAUGUAGUAUAAACACAAAAAAGGAAAGAAAAAAACAAAAGGAUUUGAUUCUGUUUACUAAUAACACCCAAAGAAAUAUAGGACUAUGAUGAUGAACAGAAAGACUGAAACAGCAGCUCCAUCUCUUGAACCAUUUAAGCACCAUGACCAAUCUCUUUUUCCUCCAGUUGUAAGGCUCUCUGACCCCUUGUGAAGAGGUGUCCUGACCUCAGUGAGGAGCACGGCCCCCUUGCCCUCAGUGCAGCGCAUGGCGGUGUGUCGUCCAGUCCCGUACGUGUCUGUGUGAGGCCCAUGUGUUGUGUGCGCCGUCCAGUGCAGCUGAGUGGGGACAAGACAGGUGCUAUUUAGGGAGGCCUGGCCUGACAAGGGGCAGGGCUGACAGAGAGGAAGAGGAGGAAGUGACAGCCAUCCAGCCCACAUUGCUCUUAUAGCCAGCAACCAGGCCUCGCAGCCAAGGGAGGUCCGAUUGAUUGUCUUUCUUAUUUUCAUUGUUGUUUAUAAAGUACAACUUUUUUCUCUGUUUUUUUGCUGUUCUGUCACAACAUGGUGUAAACUAUUAUUCAUAGGAUUGUUGUAUUGUUCCCCCUCCUAUAUGAAGGAUGUAUGAACGUUGUAUUCAAAGUCAUUAGGUUUGAAAGCUUGAGAGAAUGAGAAAGAGAGACAGAGAGAGAGAAAGAGAGAGACAGAGCGAGAGAGGGAGAGAGAGAGAGAGAGAGAGAGAAAGAGAGAGAGAAAUAGAGAGAGAGACAGAGAGACAGAGAGAGAGACUUGGCAGUGGCUAUAGAAACACUAUUAUGACUGGAGGCUACGUGGCUAAAGCAGCAGUCUGGCUGGUAAUGCAUUCAGAGCUGGAGAAGGUCUCAUUGUUUAAAUGGGGCUGCAAGGGAACCUGGCUAUUUCUACAUCUUUCAGAGGAAACAUUUGUAGCAUGCAUAAAGUGCAUUGGCUUUGUCGCAAUUAGCUGUCAAACAUAUCUUACAUCAAAUAAGAUUAACAAUGUGAGAGUACAUAUAUUUAUUAAAAAGUUAAAAGUCAAAAGGUAAAAUGAUCUGCAAUGUGAAGUGAGAAAAUCUGAAUGAAAUUGUAUAUGAAGGCUCUGAAUGUGUUGCUGGUUGUGGAAUGCCAGAAUGUUCCUAACUUGACAAGGAACAUGUGAACUGAGGUAGAUCAGUGUAUCUCCAUGAUUGUGAUAAGAUGUACUCUAAAUGCUUGAUAACUUUGUUUGCACUUAUAACACAUCAUCUACAAAACUUCCACCAUCCCCAAAAAGUUCUUAGUAUACGUCCUGAUGACCAGCGCCAAAUCAACCCACACAUUAGCUCAUUGUGUUUAUAGUAAUUAGCACAUAUUAAUAUGUUGAGAGAGCCCAAUGUAAGUAAUAGCAAACUUCGGUGAUAAAGCUAAGUUGCCUAUUUGAUUAUUGUACAAAGUUUAAAAUUCAUUUUUUCAUAAUUGUUUAUUUGACACAGAAAUCACUAUGAUUAUUCAAAACUAUUUUAUACAAACAAACACAGUACAAAUAGUCUGACAAUUGAAAGAAUACUUCAAUACAUCAACAAUUAAAUUCAAUACUUCAAUCAUGGAAGCCCCUGAUGUUUGUCUGUCAUUUCAUUUCUAAGGGAGGAUUAUUUCAAUCACUCUUCACAUGUCUGCAGCAGCAUAACCUAAAAUGAACUGUAAGCUGAGCAUCAGAGCAUUGUUUACAGAGAAAAAGAGUGGGAGGCACUUGUUCUAUCCUGCUGUGAUUCCAUGGUUUGAUUCUCUACAUUUGUGGAUCAAAGAGAGAAACAAGAAAGAAAGAGUAUAAAGUUGUCAUACUUUAUAUCUGUGUAACUGUUUCAUCCAUUCCAAAAUAAUAGAUCAAAAAGAGGCCCAUUCUGAUCUUGGUUCAGCACCGGCUUGUUAAUGAGUUUGUUUUGAAACCUCCUAUGGUGGGUGUUUCACUAAACAUCACAAAAUUCUUAAUUCAAAUAGGAUGGGAGUCUAAUUUGACACGAACCAACUAUCCUCUUGGUCCUAGUGUCCAGUGUCUUCUCUGUGGAUGUCCACUGAUUAAACAAGCCCCAGGACUUCUUCAGUCUUCAGUUUUUAAAGAUGGUCAGGGUUAGUUAGUGUAGCUCCAAGAAGUCCAGAAGGCAGCACAGACCUCCUGGGGGGCCUCCCUCCCAAUCAGGCUCCUCUUUGUUCUGACCUGCUACUGUCCUGGGCCCUUGUAUCCAGUCGCCUCAAAGGGAAUGGCCAACCAGGCCUUUCAUGUUGCUGAGGGAUGUGGGGCUUCAGAGCCCAGCGGGUCCCCUGGGCUCCCGUGCACUCCCAGCUCCUCAGCAAUGCCAGUAGAGACAAGGGUUGUGCCCCCCACUGCGUCAUCACAUUCCCAGAACCUUCUGUACAGAGCACCCUCCUAACGUUACCCCCAUGGCUCACAGGACCGCACCGCACCAGACCAAACAAUCAUUCCCUCCCUACUUUAUGUCCUCUGGUAUCUCUAGAUUCAACUUUACAUCUGAAGGGAACCGGCUCAGUUCUCAAUGGUUCUGAAUAGUUACAGUAUGUGGCAGCAUUUAGCCCACCUUCAUCAGUUCACUUCCCUGUUGACACAAGAGUAAAGCAACUCAACAAUACCUCUUACAGGUGGCAGGUUCUGACAGAUACCUCAUUACAUUACUGGGCCAUUUCCUCUUACAUAUUGUAUGUUUUCACACAUACCCUCUCAGAAAAAAGGACUGCUGUGCAGCACCAUUUCUCCCUGUAGGAGAACCCCCUGAAAGUUGGCUCCAGAUAGAACCGUUUUGGUUUCCAAAUAGAACCUGGAUUCCAAAUAGAACCUGUUAAAGGGUGAUAAUUGGAACCAGAAAUAGCUUUCUGAUAUUAAAUGGUUCUAUCUGGAACCUUUUUUCAGAGGGUUCCCCUACAGGGACACAUGGUGCCACAUAGCACUCUUUUUUUCCCGAGAGUGUACCAUUUUCUUUUAGUAAUUUGUGGUCAGUAAGUUGGUAGACCAAAAUUGACAAGGAGUCCUACCACUUCUCUGUGUGGUGUGAAGUCCAGAGACCGGAGGGCAGUUGUACAGUUGUUUGUAUAUUAAAUUGUUAUCAGGACUCUGGUUUUUACUGAUCCCUCGACAGUCUUAAUAAAAAAGAGACCUCUUAAGUCCUCUCACUCACUACGAAACAAAAAUAAUGAAAAUAAUUUCCAAUUUACAAGCAUUAUGUUGUGUACAUAUGGAUUAAACACAUUUCUAAAGGGUAUACUUAAGGUACAAAAUGUAUAUUAUUGAAAAUGUUUUAAUAAUUAGACUGUGGUAUUAAAGGGCAUGUGUUCACUUACAGUGUGUCCAUUUGAUUUUUCUUGCAUAUUUGCGAUAAUAAAAGGAUGUACUGUA